UCCAAUAUGGCGGCAAACGGUGUAUGAAAGGUGCGGAAUGUUUUGAUUCGAAACGAACAAUAAGAAAAAAAUUGUUAUAAAAAAAUUCAUUCGAAACCCGAAAAAAAUGCGUAAUGGCCGGUGAAUUAACUAGGUGUGCGCUUUGAAAACAUUGGAUCGAUCCGUGUGUGCGCCGUGGUGAUAAGUGAUUUCAUUUUUGUUAAAUGAUUUGUGUAUUUUUUUGCUAAUGUGGUCGUUUGUGGUGAUAUUAGACAGUAGUUUACGCGAUAGAUAUGUCUACCGAUCCUGAUAAAGACACGGCAUGCCCAAACGCCAGUCCUAACACAAGUGAGGUGGUCAACAAUAACCGCUCACCACAAAAUGAAGAUUUUGAGAAGAAAAAAAAGAAACCAUCGCGUUCAGUGACUUUCCCUGAUGAAGACCAGUUGGUCACUCAGUACUUCGAACCAGCGAACCCUUGGCACGAUGUUCCGUCGACGACGCGCGCGCAGCUCGCGGCGGAGUACCUCGAGUCUUGUCGGAAUCACAACACGCCGCCUAUCGACUCGGUUUUGCAACAGAUACGGGAACUACCAGAAUCAUCAAUCGGCGGCGCGUCGCGUGCGCCGCGUCUGGCCCUCACGGAGUGCGCGCUGCUCGGCACGGCGCCGGCGGACGCGCUCGAGGCGCUCCUGCGCAAGGUGCAGUUCAGGAGGCUGGAGAUAGAACACGCCGCGAUGGAUGACGAGGGCGCGGAGGCGCUGUUCGACAUGAUAGAGUACUACGAGAGUGCGUCAGUGGUGUCCAUCAGCGGGCCGAGGCAGUUCGGCAUUAGGGGGUGGCAGGCGGCCUCCAGGAUGAUCAAGAAGAGCGCGUGCCUGUCGGAGCUGGAGGUGCGCGAGAGUGCGCUGGAGGAGUGUCACGCGCCGGUGCUGGCGCGCGCGCUCCGCCCGCACACGUGCCGCGUGCGCGCGCUCUGUCUGCAGCGCGCGCUGCUCUGCGGGGAGCCGCUACUGUGUCUGGUGAUAGCGCUCAAGUCGAACAGUUCAGUGCGGGAGUUGCGGCUCGGCGACAACCGUCUGUCCGCGUCGGACGCGGCGCAGCUCGGCUCGCUGCUGCGGUUCAACACCACCAUACAGCUUCUGGACCUGUCCAACAACCAGAUACAGGAUGCUGGAGUGGGUCACAUAGCGGACGCGCUAGUGGAGCAGGCUGCGCAGACGCCGCCGUCGGCCGCCACCCUCGCCCAUGUCGCCCAACAACUCCACGAGUCGCGAGGCCUAGCUUUCCUGGUCCUCUGGAACAAUCAGCUGACAAGAAACUGUGCCACACAUCUCAGCAAGGCGCUGCGUUCGUCGACGUCCCUGUGCGUGCUCAACAUCGGGCGCAACGCCGUCGGCGCCGACGUGGUGCGCGCGCUGUGUGGCGCGGCGGGCCCGGGCGCGGCGGCGGGCGCGGGGGGCGGAGCGCUCGUGUCGCUCGGGCUGCAGGCCGCCAGGCUCGGGCCCGACGCCGCGCGACCGCUCGCGGACCUGCUGCGAGCGUCUGCCACGCUGCAGAGGCUAGACCUUCGCGACAACAGGCUGGGCGGUGCGGGCCUGCAGACCAUACUGACGGCCAUGCAGGAGAACAGCACGCUCACCCAGAUCGACCUGGACGACCCUGUGGAGGAGCAGGACGUACCAGACGCGGAGGAGAGCGAGCCGGCGCAGGUGCGGCGCCUGACGCAGGCGCUGCGCGCGCGCUGCGCUCACAACGAGCGCUCCGAGCGCGGGGAGCGCGGCGAGCGGCGCGCGCAGCACCGCAAGAUCAGCCUCACCUGCAACACUGCGCACGCGCUCAAGACGCCGCUGUGUCCCGAGGAGGAGCGCCGCUCGGGCCGGCUGCGGUCGCCGGCGCCGUCGCCCGCGCCCUCGCCCGCGCCCUCGCCCUCGCCCGCCGGCAGCCCCGUGCCACACUCGCGGUUCUCCGUGACUCGAGUGACGCCGGACCGCGAGUCGUCGACGGACAGCUCCAGCCCUUCGACCCCCACGCGGCCCACGUACUGUCCCACGCCGUCGAGGUUCAAAGUGGUCCAGGUAGCCGAGCCACCGCAGAUUCAAGUCCACCCAGCUACACAACCGCGCCGCAGCACCUCGCGUUUCUCAGUGACGAGGAACUACGACAGCAUGUACAACCCGACGCACACGUCGCCGUCACCAUCACCAUCACCGUCGCCAAUACCGCACGCUGAUGGUAAACCCACGGAUGCACCGGUGAAACCGGUUGUGGUGGUACCAGCAGUGGAGAAAAGUAUUGCAGCUGUAGUGAGUACGAGUGUAAAGGGUGUUGCUGAAUCAAUACAGGAUUCUAAAUUUGAAACAUCUUGUAUACCCUUACAAGAUGUGAAAGUUGCACCAUGUAUAAAUUCAAGUGUAGGGACAAAUGAAGCACCAGCGAUUGUGAAGGAUUCUGUGAAAAAUGACGCACCAUGUAUAGUAAAGGAGGAUGUAAAAAGUGCAGCAUCUUGUAUAACAAGAUCACAGGAUACUGAAGUAAAGGUUGUACAGAGUGUAGUCAAAGAAAAUGUCCGUCAAGAUAUAGAGAAGGAAACGAAAAAAGUUGAAAAUAAUUUAGAAGUAAGUGUUAUCGCAGUGACUAAGAGUCAUCCAGACAGGCCUGGGGUCAGAAUUGUUGCAACCCCAGAGACUGUUGUACCCACCUCUGCGACACCUACUCCAGUAGAAGGGUUAAAAACAGAAAUAUCAAGAGUUGAUGUAGAAACUAGAAAAGGGUUAAUUACUAUGCCAAUAGCUGAGACAACGGCAGCUUCAAAACCAGUUCCAAUACCAACAGUUACCCCAAGUGGACUCACCCAAAGUCCUAAAAGUACAUGGUCUUUAGACGCCAAAGAAGCUAAAGACGUGGCGAGUCAAACUGUUGGUGAAACAGAGGCAAUCAUGAUUGGCAACGUCAGUGAAGUGAAACUAGCUGAUAAAAUUGAUAAAGAUGUGGCUCAAAUAGGGACCAAAGAAGUUCCACCAGAACCAUUAAAACCUACAGUACCUGAUAAGACAGCAAUAAUACCAGGACCUGGUCCGGAAAUACCCAAAUCAGCAAUAAUAGUGUCAGAAAUUAAAUCUAGACUUGAAUCGCCGUUUGAGAUUAAAGUUGGUGAGACUGAUAGUGUUAAAGACAGUUUAGUGAAGGAUAAAACUUACAGUGACGCGGUAAAGUGUUAUAAAGACAAAACAGAAGUGUCACGUAGUGAAGUGUCGAGUGGUGAUAUACUCAAAUUCGAAACUAAUCUAGUUUCGAAAAGUGUUGAGGUUAAUGACAAUCAAAAAACUGACGUUAAGAUAGAAGUAACGGUCACGAAUGAGGUUAGAAACGCGAAUGAAGAGUUCGUUAAUAUAGACGACAUAAAGAAGCAAGACACGGCGAUGAAACAGAUAGAAAUGCUGACCGAAGACUUAGGAAAUAUAAUAAAGGAGAUGCGUGAUCUAUCAACGAAGAAUAAAAAGGAUUUAGUUAGCGAAUAUGUAAAUAAAUUUGAAAAUGUACCUGCUAAUAUACGAGAUAGUGUAGUUCUUAAGAAAAAUAAAAGUGAAUCGAGUUUGGAUAGUCCAGAUUUGGAGGUAUCGCGGUUGAUGAACAAGAGGUUGACCGGAAGUCCGUUUUGUGAUAGUAGCUCGUCGCUCGAAGUGUCUGGCAGUUCUGUGGAGAGCCUUAACGACAAUACGCAGAUAAUAUCCAGACCUAUAAUCAUCCAGGAGUCUAUAGAAUCAGACACAGAGCUGGACAGAAGAAAAGCUGAUGUCAGAUUGUCUACGGAGAGCAGCAUAGAGUCGACGAGCGAGCUGACGCCGGUGAAUAACUUUUUAAAUACAUCAGUCAGUUCAAAUGAAAGCGUGUCGCCUAUUUUCGGCAAGAUAACGAAGAUUCACGAUUCGCUUUCAAGUUUGGAAGCCAGUGUCAGCUCGCUGGAAUCAGCUAGGCAGGAGAAGUUAAUGGUGACGUCAGCUGAUUCCGGAAUAGAGUAUUCUCUACAACAUCCGUCGGAGAAUAAAGAGGAUAAUUCGUCAAACGAAGGAACUCUUACAAACAACUCUAGCUUGAAAGAGACUACGAAGAAGGAGAGCUUUCCACUACAAGAGACGUUAACGUCAUCGCCGAAACGAGCAUCAAGCUUGCUCGACGUGCCAGCGCUAAAGAGUAAGGGUUUGGACCGCAUGAGGAAGAUAUCUUGGGUCCCUCCGUCGUCCAGUUUUCAUAUACCAAGACCGGAAUCCGACAGAGAUGCAAAACCCUCACAUUUAGAAAAGUUGUUGAGCCUUUUCCAGCACCCGACAAGUCUCUUUUCAAGAGGUUCUCAAAGCGAUGAUGAGAGAAAGUCCAGCUCAAACACUCCGCCAAGGAAAGACUCUUCUCUUACCAGCUCUUUCUGGUCGUGGGGAAGUACUGUAGAAAAGGACAAGGACGAUAGAGACGACAGCUCCUCCGAGGCGACAGACUCGACGCUGUCCGAGCGGGUCCAAGUCUCAUUUGUAGACGAGUCUUUUUCAAGAAAACUGGAUAGUAAAACGCCAUCAACUGACACAGAUAACACUCUCAGCGAGUUCCAAUCCUUCCCCACUCAAGUGUCAGACACAAGCGAGCCGACAGAAACGAACAAACGCAAAGUUACCGACACCACCGAUGACCAUUUAGUACAAAAAUGUUUAGUUUUAAGCUUAAAAAGUGACUCCGGCUCUAACGAUAAUAGAGCUAGUGAUGCAGAUCUCGUGAAGCCCAACGAUAUGAAUAGGAAUGUAUGUGAAAACGCCCACGCGGGCGAUAAUAAUAAGAAUUCAGGUCAAGCGACGGAUGAGGAGGUUAAGGAGGUCAGACUGGACGACUUUAAGGCUGACGUGGUAAGGCCCAGGUCGUUCGCAGCCGUACUCAAGUCUUCAGGGUCUGAAAAUUCUUUGGAGAAGCAGAAUAGUCCUGAAACAGGACAGCCUGUUGACAAAUUGCCUUGCAAAGUCAUUAGGGGUAUUAAAGAGAAUAUCAGUCCUGAAAACACAUUGACCCCUAGUAUGAGUAACACAAAAGCCUUAGCAUUCGAAUUAACUGAAAGACAAGUGAAGAACCAGCCAAUAGUAAACGCAGUGUGGGAAGUCACAGCACCGUUGUUAGACAAAGAACUCAAAACUGAUGAUAUUAAGGUGCAGAGUGAUUUAGCACCGAUAGCAACUAUAGAUGAAACUUGUGAUGAAGCGGCUGAUAAUAACAUCCAAUUGGAUUUUAUUGAUGAUGACACCAUUGAUAAAGCUGUGAUGUCACAGGAACCUAGUGAUAAGAAAAUACAAGACAUGGAAGCAGUAGAUGUAGGAAAAGAUGCUCUUUCGUACUUAAUAUUCGAAAAUCAAGAAUUCGAAACUCCAAAAGCGCAAAGCUCUCUCGCUCAGGAAUUGGAAGAGGCGGAAUUAAAGGAAAUAAUCGAUUUAUCGCCAGAAUUGAUAAUCGAUGAAGCAGUUGAAGUGCCAGAGGUCUUUACAGCGAAAGAAAUAAUAGGACUUAAGACCUCUCCCGUGAUACCCGAGAGAGCUAAGCUAAAGAAAUCGAAUUCGUUAGAAGACUUAUCGCAGUUGAGUAACGAAGGCGAGAAGGCCAGUCCAAAGCCGAAAAUGAUUGUGUUCAAAGUGCCCGAAAGCACUACGCCGCGCGAUAUACCCGAAAGACGAACGAAACUGCGCACCAGAAGUGGCUCUAGUCCGAAAUCCUUGCCAGAAAGUUUGAACAAGCCAUGUCCGUUGGCAAAAAUGGACUCUAUUUUGUCUAAAAAAAAGAAGAAAGUCUCUUCCUUGGGCAAGAUGGCCCGUGAUUCGUUAUUAGCAUUGAAUAUGAGCGAAGAAGAGAUUGCCGAGUUUCGCAGAUCUUAUAAAUUGACUUCGGUAGAGAGUUUGCGAAGUUUGGAAUCGGUUUCCGAAGAUGCGAAUUCUCAGAGCGGAAAUUCCGUCGACUCUAGAUGUAGAGCGUGUCUUAGGACGUCGCAAGAGAGUCUAAUAUCGCUUGAUUCCAUCACCGAGGAUUGCCAUUGCGGCGAGAAACCGAGCAGGUCGGCUAGAUAAACUUAUUGCGUACGCAUUGAUUAUGGAUCACCGGUGAUACAUGUUUUAAUAAUACGUGAUAUACAUAUUUAUACAAAUGACUCACCGGUGACUCACAUAUGUUUAGGAGUCACCGGUGAUCAUAAAUCGGCUUUAUUAUUGGUAUAAUGACACAAAUCGUAUACAAUUGUGUAUCACACGGGGACCUUUUUUGCAAUUUAUUUAUAAAAUAUCAACUUAUUUGGCGUUUUGGCAUUUUUUGUUACUUUAUCAAUGUAUAUAGAUUGCAUAAUAUUUAACAGUACCAACAAAAUAAUUUAUAUUUUAUAUUACAUCCAAUAUUUAACUAUAUAGAAAAAUAUGGUGAAUUAAACACCACCUUUUUUGGAGUUGGUUAAAGAGGAAGGGAAUUAUACUAGAAUUCGAAAGGUACAUUAAUAUGUGCAUAAAAAGUGUUGCCUUCAUCGUGGGUAAAAUAAAAAUACAAUUGACAAAAACACUUUAAUCAAAGUGAAUAUGUUUGUUGCUAUCAUGUAGCAAGGUUUAUUUAUUAAACUCACGUUUAAGUAAAUUCUCAAGUAGACAUUUUUGAGAUUAUUUUGGGGAACAAAUGAUUGAUCAAGUUCAUCAUUGUAAAGAUUAUAGGCAUUACCUAAGCUACCCACGAGAAGUUCAUCAUUGAAAUGAUUAUAAGUAUUACUUAAGCUGCCAGCCACGAGGUAGACAGAUGACCUACUAAAAUCGCAAGAGGUAGCUGGAUACGGGUCGCUUCCAAUAGAUCGAUCUGGAAAUCUUUGGAGGCCCAUGUUCAGUGGACAUCCUGCGAUCGAUGAUUACCCAAGCUCGGGCCACAAUAAUGUUAAAUCGCUCAUUAUUUAUAUAGAAUUUGGUACUCCUUUUUAAGCACUGCGCGUAUUGUGAAGUGAGAUUUCGCAUAAAGUUCAUGUAGAGUGCAGUAAGAUUAACCCCCUUAUUCAAAGACGUAUCUAAAGACGGAGCAUUGCUGUGAUAACAAGUUUCUCAGCUUUGUUUAUCUGACAGCCAACUAGAUUCAAGUUGUAUCUCAAUAUUAGCCAAUCACAACGGCCCUAUGUCUACGCACACACAAUGUUCACAAGUAAUCUAUCCACGAAUAUUUAUCUGGUUUUGAUAGUGAAGAACUAAAAUGUUGGUUUGACUUCACCUAUCAAUGUAGGCAGAUAUUUUUAGAAGCUCAGAGACUGUUACAUAAUAACUUGCAUAUUCUGGGGAAUAUGGUAGAAAUUUAACUGCAGGGGUCCACGCGAAUAAAUUUUUUUUAGAUUCGCCAUUAGCAAAAACAUUGUAAAGACUCGAAUUGUUUUUUUUUUAUGUACGGUACGGCAAGGUGACGCCACUGCACCUGAUGAUAAGUGGAGUGGGGUUCAAUAUGUCGACUGACGAGAGAUAAUUUCCCGUCGGCAGUCGACAUAAUUAUGCCUGUUGGAAUCAGAUAUACACAGGCUGAUAUCGGAACGCGACACACAUGGGCCACUAUGGCGGGUUUUAACACCUUGUGUACGGUGGUUGCUAUAGGAUAUUGUAUACACACACUGCAUAUAAAUGACAAUUUUUUGGCUUACUAAUACAAGGUCCUAUGGUAAUUUUGUACUUAUGUAGAUAAGUUUAUGAUUAAAAUUUUCAUAUUGGUAAAAAAUUUAAAUAACAAUAUCAUGUCCAUUUGUUUAUCAUUCGGGUUUUGUUGGAAAUUUUUACCAUAACAAACAAUAGAAUUAUAUGUUAUAUAUAAUUCGAUUUGUGUAAAAUUUAUAUAAUAUAGUACCUUGUAAUAGGGAGCCAGCGAAAUACUCUCUUUUUCAUACUGGUUUAAAUACGUCAUCUCUUACAAACACAAAAAAUCUGUAUGUGUGCAUAGGGAACACUGUUUUGUUUGAAUAUUAUUGGACUGCAUACUUUUCGUUGCGAUUCAUGCGAUAAUUAAUGCCAUUAGCCAUUAAUGUGGCCCGAGAGUGAGUAUUUAUCAUUUGUAUUCUGCUAAAGUUGAUUAGGUGAUGGUUUCCAUAUUUUAGUGUUUUUUAAAGUUGUGAGUCACCGGUGAUACACAUUGUAAACGAACGUGUCAAGUUUUAAAAUUGGUACUGGAAAUUGAAAAAAAUCAAAAAAAAUAUUAUAAAGUUUUUUUUUCAUUUUGAUGUAAGCAUAGAUAAUUUGAGACAUAUUGACACGGUUUAGAUCGAAAAAAAAAACAAAAUUGAAAAAUGAUUCGUCUAUAUAUCGGGCUAUUGAAAAAUAUACUCGUUAAAAACUACCCCUACAUACAAACAUAGUAUCACGUCUCUAUCUCAUACGGGUAGGCAGAGACUAUGCUUUGCACGAUUCUGGCAUACUUCUCUUGCUUCACCUUCAUCAAUUUCAUGCAUUCUCGCCGGUUCAGGGUACUUUUGACCUGGCCUUUACUAAGAAUGCCAUCAGACAUUCGAAGGAUCGGUGCAGUCAACACCUUGUAAAGGGCAACGAGGAUUUCCCAUUAUAAUAAUAUUACAGCCCUUUAUACACUGUCCCACUGUUGGGCUUCUUCUGAGAGGGUCUAAGCUAGUCCACCACGCUGUAGUGCGGGCAGACUUCACAUACCCUUAAAAUUCUUUGGAGAAUUCUAAGGUAUGCUUUAAUUUUACUUUGAUCGUACUAAUAUUUUUUUCAAUUUCCAGUACUAUUUUUUGUCAAUGUAACGAAGAAUAUUUUGAUUGUCAUUAUGUUUUAAGGAAUGUUUUUUAGGUGACUUAAUAGUGUAUUGCAUUGUUUGAUUUUAUACAUAAUUAUAUAAACAUCACUAAAAAGUUGAAAACGGUUAAAAAUUCAGUAAUUCCUAAUUUAAAUAUCGGUAUGAUGUGGUUUACGCGAAAGCUUAGCUUGCUGUUUUCCUCGCACGCGCGCAUAUAAUGCGGGUGACGUCAUAUUAAAGAUCGUUUGUCUUUUUUAUCAUUUGAAUAUUUUUGGGACGCGAUCAUUCCGAUCUACUAAACAAAACUUUUUGUAAAAAAAAAGUUUUUUUCGGUUUGUUAUGAAUUAUUUGGCAAAAUUUUUUUUUUGUUGAAACAGAACAUAAUGAUUUGUUUUCUAUUUGCUAUAAGAUUCUUACUAGAAGUUUUUGUUUAUUGUUUUUCGAAAUAUAGACCAGAAGCUGUUUUAGUGUCGAAGCCAUACAUAUAAUAUAUUUUGAAAUUGACAUAUAUGUCGCUUCAAAAUUAAAAACAAUCCUUAAAACAUUGUGACAAUCAAAAAACCCAAAAACUUAAAUGUGUUAAAAUUAUCUUAUAUUAAGUAAAGUGGACUUUUGAAUGCCUUGCUUUAAUUUCAAUCGUAUUUGAAUUAACCAAAUGAUUCAAUACAUUCGCUUCAAAGCAAUGUUUCAACUGCGACAAAAAAUCGCAGGUUGCGAUUGUGGAAUCGCGCGAAUUUCUCACCCAAUCUUUUGAUUGUAACUUAUUUUUUUUUUGUGACUGUUGAUAUCCACGACGUAACAACUGGUAGCUUAGUUGAAUUUAGCAAGUUUUGUAGGUUAAAUUAAAAAUGACAAAGUCGGUUUAACUAUUGUGAAUUAUUAUUAACAUCUCAAAUUUUAUAUUGAGCUGAGGAUUCUAGUAAUGUUGCCAUUCUUCAUGGAUGUGACGUCAUUAUUGUUGUUUUAAAAAUAUCACGUAAUUUAACAGCUUAUGCUAUCGCUAACCACGAAUAUGAACGUCAAGUAUAGUUUUUAUAUUUUGAAUUUUAUUUUGAUAAAUUUAGCGUUUAUAUUUCCUUGAUACGAAACGUGAUUGAUAGUCAUUGAAAUAUGAACGCUAAGUUUAUUAGGUUAAAACUAUUUUUAGCAUAAAGUAUGUGCGAUAUCCAUUCAAUAGUCCACUAUACUAUAAUCAAGGGCCGCAUAACCGAUGCGAUUUUAUUGUGAUCUCAAAACGUUGUCGACUUUUAGUCGACCGGUGUACAUUACGGACUGAGAAGUUGUUUUUUUUUAAUGUAUGUAAUUAACGCGCGUUCUUAAAAAUCAUUAACGUGUAACAAAUUGUAAGGUGUCUUUUUUGGAAUUGUCUUCGAAUAAUGCUAUAAAUUAAUUGAAAUUAAAAAAAAAUACGGACUUUUGUACUGUACUUGUAUAGAAACAAUGGAAAAAAAAUAAUAUUAAUUAUAAUAUGUACAGAUAAUCGUUUGAAAGAUUCAUGUUCAGAACUUUAUAAUAGUUAAGGCGUUUCGGCGGAGCUUGCGACUGCCGGCCGACUUUUAGUCGCAGCGAUUAUUAGUCGUGCGACUAAAAUUCGCCGCGGCCAUUGUUAACCCGCGUCUAUGUAUUAAAUUCAAAAACUAUAUAAAAGCUAAUUAAGUGUUAAAACAAAUCAUAGAAGUCGAUUUAUCGAAUUGAUAUUUUGUUUUUUUUUUUUUAUUGUCUGAUGCAUUGGAAACAUAAGUUUUAAAUAUCAAUUUUAUUUUUGCAUUUAGGUCCAAUUAUCGCGAGGACAUGAAAUAGUACAAUAUUUUUCCUAAAACGAAAACACAUCUUUCAGAACUGCAUUAUAGAACUAAUCUGCACUUAUUAAAAUCUACUUGGUUUUGGUUUUUAGAAAUUCAGGUAGUAUUAGAGCAUUUCUUUUAUACGGGCUAGACAAAGUGACUGCACCUGAUGGUAAGUGGAGUGGGGUCCAAUAGAAUGUCGACUGCGAAAGAUUACCCCUCAGUCGACACAAUUAUGCCUGUUGGAACAUGAUAUACACAGACUGAUCCCGGAACGCGACACACGUGGGCCACUAUGGCGGGUUUUAACACCUUGUGUACGGUCGCUAUCCGGGCGGAUAUAAAAUAUAUCCUACCACCAGCAAAUUUUGUCUAAUGAUGAAUUUUUAAAACCUUUGACUAUCACAUCUUCCAAGAUAUUUAACUAGUUUCAUGUACAUUAUAGUAAUUUUUUUGUAUUACGUUUAAAUUAUACUAGAGAAUUUAAUUUUGUGCAGUUCUUCAUUAAACUAUUGUCAUAGAAAAACAACCUUUUUCGCAAUUAUAUCUUUAUGUAAUUAAGGAUUUCGUUUGAAAAAUAAAAAUGCUUCCAAUGUCAGUCCGCGCGUCUUAGUACAUUGUUGUCUUAUGACUACACUCUAGAGACUAAAUGACUCAGUUUCUCGUAGAUCAGAGACGGGAUUAUGAUAGAAAACUCUCGUUUGCGAGCUGCUACUCCAUACUUGUUCUUACGAUUCGUUGCGUUACUUAUGUUUUAGCAAAUAGAAGCGAAUUUCGCAUGAUACAAAUUUAGUAAACGAGAUUUAUCUAAAAUAUUCACACAAGCAAAUAGUGCAAUUAUAAUUUGUAGUCUUUUGGCUAUAUUCAUUCAUUGUAGUCAAAUGACUACACUGAUUAUACAAUGUAGUCUUAAGACAACGCUUAUUAGGUAGUCUUUAAAUCCAAAUAAUAGAAAAUUUUUAGUUAUAUGUUUUAUUAUUUAUUUUAGUAAUAUUAAAGUAAAAUUGAUAUUUAAAACUCCAUCAUACGUAGUGUAUUUAUAAAUUAUGUAUUUUUUUUUACACGAAAUGUGUUUGACCAGUUUUAAAAUAAGAUGUGAACUGUGAAGUUAUGCUUCCGUUUAGGUUUUUGGCGAAUUUAUUGUUCUGUCUGCUACGUGAGGGACAUAGCGUGAAGUUGUGUCGGUAGAUAGGUUUAAGGGAUCAAUGGAUCUUCCGAUCUGAGAAUGAACCAAUCAAAAUCGUCCGUCAAACAUGCUUUGAUCUGAUAGGUCAA